CAUACAUGAAGUGCGCCUGAUGUAGUGUGUAGUAUGUAGUGUGUAGUAUGUAGUCAUCUUCAGCGAGCACACGCCCUCCGCUCCCGUCGCAGACCCGCAUCAGAUCCGGAUCAGAGUCAAGGACGCGGCCGCAGAACACAUCAUCAGAUCCGGAGCCUCCGCGGGAUUCGGGCCCGAUUCGGAUUCCGCGAGCGCUGAUGGAAACGGACACACGGAUCCGAUCCGGAUCAGAUGUUCACGAGUGAAAGCCCGGGAUCAGAUCGAUUAAUGACGGAUCAACAGAUCUGCGGGGAAAUAUGCAUGUGAUGUGAAAUCAUUUCUGCGCUGAUUCUUCUUCUUCAGCAUCGCCUGCCUCCAUUUUGAAUCUGAUUUAACAUCAGGAUUGUAUUCGUGAUUCCUGAUUUCUUCCUCUCAGUCGCAGCUUAUGGGGCUUUGUAUAAAGCGGAUUGUCGAUCACUGAAGCCGGAUUCUGUCUCGUAUUGAUCCGAUCUGAUCAAAGACAGGCUCGAAGUGAUUCCAGCAGAUUCGGCUCGGAGAUGGAGGAUUCGGAUCAGUGAAUAUGUGCCCCUCAUGAGAGAGGGGUGUUCAUCUGCCCUGAACCCCGAUGAAGAUGAUGAAGAUGAUGAUGCUGGAGACACAGAAUGCGAGUCAGGAGAUCGGCGAGGAGGUGGAGGAUGGUGCUGUGUUCAGCAUCACGCUGAGGAAGGUCCAGAUGUACCAGUCGUCCAGUAAGAGUCAGCGCUGGCUGGGUGUGGACUCAGACUCGGGCCUCAGUCUGUACGAGACGUGUAAGCUGCGCACCAUUAAAGCAGGAACACUGGAGCGGCUGGUGGAGUACAUGGUCACCGCCUUCAGAGGAAACGACUCCACCUACGUCACCAUCUUCCUCUGCACCUACAGGACCUUCGCCACCACCAAACAAGUGCUGGACCUGCUGCUCAACAGAUACGCCAAACUGCAGCCGGGUGCAGAAGCGCGCAGAAUGACCCCUGAUGAGCGGACGGAGCUCAGGAAGUACGUGCUUCAUGUAAACAUGUUUCUGUCUGCAGUGCUGGAUCAGGGCUGCUGUGCGUUCGCUCUGCUGCAGGAGAACGGAUUCAAUGAGGAUCGACCCGAUUUCCUGAGCUUUGACCCCACUGUGGUGGCAGAGCAGUUCACACUGAUGGAUGCAGAGCUGUUCAAGCGUGUGGUGCCGUAUCACUGUCUGGGAAGCAUCUGGUCUCAGAGAGAUAAGAAAGGGAAGGAACAUCUGGCGCCGACCAUCAGAGCCACGGUCAGCCAGUUCAACCGCGUCACCAACUGCGUCAUUUCCACCUGCCUCAGCGACCGGACGCUCAAGCCCGGCCAGAGAGCCCGGAUCCUGGAGCACUGGAUCCAAGUAGCCAGAGAGUGUCGGAUCUUGAAGAACUUCUCGUCUCUGCGUGCGAUUCUGUCUGCGCUGCAGUGUAACCCAGUUCACCGGCUCAAGAAAACAUGGGACGAAGUGUCACGAGAAAACAUUCGCAUCUUCCAGGAGCUGUCAGAGAUAUUCUCUGAUGAGAACAACCACUCGCUGAGCCGAGAACUGCUGAUAAAGGAGGGAACGUCCAAAUUUGCCACUCUGGAGAUCAACCCUAAGCGAGCGCAGAAACGACAGCAGCCGCAGAGAGAUCUGACUGUGAUGCAGGGGACGAUUCCUUACCUGGGAACUUUCCUGACGGAUCUGGUCAUGAUGGACACGGCCAUGAAAGACUAUCUGGACGGAGGCCUGAUCAACUUCGAGAAGAGAAGGAAGGAGUUUGAGGUCAUCGCUCAGAUUAAGUUGUUACAGCUGGCGUGUAACAAUUAUAAUUUCCGGCGUGUGGCGGGGUUCAGUGCGUGGCUCUCCGGCGUGGAGAAGCUCUCGGAGGCCGAGAGAAAUGCUACAGCUACUGUAGGAUAUGUGGACAUAACAAUGAGUAAACUCAGCGAGUCACAGUCGGGACUCCUGCCGUGUGUGUGUGUGUGUGUGUGUGUGUUUCAGGUCACCAGUCAGGAUAAGACUCCUGCAGUCGUGAGGAAAGCCAUGAUCAAACACAACCUGGACCGCGAGCGAGCCGACGAUUAUGAGCUGGUUCAGAAAAUCAGUGAGGAAAAGGAGCUGAAGAUUCCCGACAACGCCAAUGUUUUUUACGCCAUGAACUCCACGGCAAACUAUGACUUUGUGUUGAAGAAGAGAGGUUUCCCGAGAGCAGGCCGCACCAAACACGUGGCCAGCUCCACGCUGCCCCGAAUGAAGCAGAAAGGUCUGAAGAUCGCCAAGGGACUCUUCUGAACCCCAAGCUCUGUCUCAGUACAGCAGCGCAGGAGAUCUGUGUGUUUACAGUCAUUCCCGGAUCUCCAAACCCGCUCUGGUCUGUGACGUCUUCAGCUGUGUGCUGUGAACCACUGACCUCCGCUGGGGUCAUCUGGCCGGUCACAUGACAGGAAGUGACCUCAGUGUUGUUCCUCUUUACUACCGCGGUGGUGCUCAGGCCGACGAAACGUUUCUCUCUUCUUUUGUUUCAUGCUUUCAUUUCUCACACAGAUGCCGAGUGACUCUGUCACUGGUGUAGUUGAUAAAAGUAAGAUGUCGUAAUUUAAAAGCGAAUUAAUUUUCUUGCCACUGCAGAUGGAGGAGGUGGUGUUUGUGUAUAAAUAUGAGCAGUGCAUAAGGAACAAGAUGAACAGCGAACUCUGUCAGUUUCUAACGUGGGUUUAACAGUGCAGUCGCUCACUGUGACACUAAUCAUUCACGUAAAGCUACACCUCGGCGGCCCACAUCUCAUAUCUCCAGUCCCUGUUUCCAUCGCUGCACACUGACGUGUGAAACCCCGACCGCAGCAUUUGAAAUAAAAAUGAAAGGUGUGAGGAUGAGGGUUUUUCGAGUGUCAGCGGUCCAGAGAUGUUGGCUGUAGUCGUGAUAAACCUGCGCUGAGAUCGGAAGAAGAGGGAAACAACUUCAAAAGUGAAACUGCACAUGAAUGAAUGAGUUUUUGUACUGUUUUACCUGUAGUUCAGUGUUCGUUCAUGACUGAAUGCACAUGCUUCACAACGCUGACCUGCCAUAUUUCCACACCCUGACUGUGUGUGUGUGUGAGUGAGUGAGUGAGUGAGUGAGUGAGUGAGUGAGUGAGUG